AUGGUCACGACGACCGCGCAGGCCGAGACGCCGCAACGGCCGCCUCAGAACCCCCUGAUCGACAAUGUCGCCCUCGUCUUUGCCGUCGGCACGCCGCUCAUCAUGCUGAUGCCGCCGCGCAAAAUGGACUUGCGCUUCUUUGCGCUCGCCGCCACCUUUUCCCUCUCCACCAACCAUCUCUGCAAAUCCUACACGGGCGUGUCCAUCUACGAUCGGUUCAACAACCGCGUGUCCUCGGCCUUUGACAGCGGCCUGCCCGAGGGCGCGCAGCGGACGCAGAGGCUGCUCAAGGAGCACAGAGAGCGCGAGGCGGCCGCCAAGGGCCGGUCGCCGCCCGGACAGGACGGGCGCGGCUCCAACGUGCUCAAGGACAUUUGGAUGGGCGGGGAAAAGGAGGACUGGAAGGAGAGACGCGCAGAGGAGCACCAGAGGAGCUUCGAAGAGGGCAAGGGCAUGAGCGACAUCAUCUUGGAGCAGAUUGCCGACGUGUUUAGCGGCAAUUGGGGCAGCACGAAAAAAGAUCAAGGGACAGAACCGACGAACCAAGACGAUCUAGACAAAGGCAAGAAAUGA